AUGGCGGACACCAAGAAUGAGAAGAAUGAAAAGUUGUUCGGCUCGGAUCCUCCUUCGGAGCAAGACUCCAGCACCGAGGUCGUCGGCCAAGUCAGCGAUAUUUCGGGAUUCGAACAGCACAAGGCUGCGCUAGGUAGCGCUCACUUCAAGAGGUUAGGAUGGAAGCGUCUCACGGUUGUGCUCAUCGUCGAGGCCAUCGCUCUCGGUAGUUUGAGUAUGCCGUCUGCGUUCGCUACUCUAGGUAUGGUCGCCGCAACUAUCCUCAGCGUCGGUUUGGGUCUUAUCGCCAUCUACACCAGCUAUAUUGUUGGCCAGGUGAAACUGAAGUUCCCGGAGGUGCAACACUAUGCGGACGCAGGUCGUUUGAUAAUGGGAAAGUUCGGGUAUGAAUUGGUCGGCGCGAUGUUCGUACUGCAAUUGACAUUCCUCGUUGGAUCGCAUUGUCUUACGGGCACCAUCGCCUUCCUCAACAUCACCAACAACGGUACUUGCUCGUUGGUUUUCGGUGUUGUAUCGGCCAUAAUUCUCCUACUUCUCGCUAUCCCCCCCUCUUUCGCCGAGGUCGCUAUUCUAGGUUACAUCGACUUCGUGUCCAUCAUGAGCGCCAUCUUCAUCACCAUCAUCGCCACCGGCGUUCGACGAACCGAUGCGGGAGUUGCCUCCGACUGGUCCGCCUGGCCGCAGGAAGACCUUACCUUCACCAAGGCUUUCAUUGCCAUCACGAACAUCGUUUUCGCUUACAGUUUCGCCAUCUGCCAAUUCUCUUUCAUGGAUGAGAUGCACACACCGAAGCAUUUCGUCAAAUCCAUCUGGGCUCUCGGCUUAAUCGAAAUUGUGAUUUACACCUUGACCGGAGCACUGAUCUACGUCUUCGUCGGCAGCGGUGUCAAGUCCCCGGCUCUUCUAUCAGCCGGCGACCUUGUCUCCAAAGUCGCUUUCGGUAUUGCCCUACCCGUCAUUUUUAUCUCCGGUUCCAUUAACGGCACUGUCGUGGCGCGAUACAUUCAUGGUCGCGUCUACAAGAACUCGGUCACUCGUUUCAUCAACACCACUAAGGGCUGGGCCACCUGGUUGGCGCUCAUCUCGUUCAUUACGCUAAUUGCUUGGGUCAUCGCCGAGGCCAUUCCGUUCUUUUCCGACCUUCUGGCAAUCUCAUCGGCGCUAUUCAUCUCCGGAUUCACUUUCUAUUUCCCUGCUGCCUUCUGGUUCAUGCUCAUCCGGCAAGGAAAGUGGUACGCGAAGGAGAACAUAAUCAAGAGCAUCACCAAUGCCAUAGUGUUCAUCAUCGGAAUGAUUGUGUUGGUUGGCGGCACAUAUGCCAGUAUUGUUGACAUCAUGGAUCAAUACACCGAGGGUACUGUUCGAGGCGCAUUUACCUGUGCUCCAUUUGAGUAA